UUCUCCCCUCGCAGGUGCGACGCGCGCGAGAGAGUGAGUGAGUGAGAGAGAGAGGUCACGCGCACCCCCUCCCCCUCCGAUUGGCUGGCGGAGGCAGUGCCCCGCGCGGGAAGGCAACAGACUGAGCCUGGGAAGGAAGACACAUGGUCUGGCGGCGCUCGCGCCCUUCAGUUCGGACACUCCUCGCGGCUCUUGACCCCCUCCUCCCCCUCCCCUCUCCCUUCAAUGCUGCUCCUGAGGCGCUUCUUCAUCCUCCCUCCACAGUGAGCCUUCCCCUCCAGACAGGCCAAGCAGGGAGAGCCAUGCUGUGCCUCCUCUUCCUCUUCCUUUGGCUGUGUGGGGCCUCGGCGACGGCACUGGCAGCCCCUCAGUGCUCGGUGCAGGCGCUGGCCCAGCGCGCCUCCGUGGUGGUCGAGGGCAAGGUGCUUGGAGGAGGCGAGGAGGACGCGACGCUAGCGCCGUUCUCCCUGCUCCUCACGCAGCCCCCCGCCGCCUCCGGCUCCUCCUUCUCAGGGACCGUCCUCCCGCCCUCGCCAGCAGCUCCCAGCCCGCAGCUCCCGCUCCCCACCCAGCCCGCCUCUGCCUCCUCCCCUCCUUCUUCCUCGCCGCCGCCGCUAGUGGCUCGGGUGCGCGUGCUCCAGGUGUGGCCGGCCAAGAGCGGCGGGCUGCGGAAGGACGCGCUGCUGUGGGUGCUGCUGGCCCCGAGGGGCUCCUCCUCCUCCUGCGGGAACAGCAGCCGCCUCCUCCGCCGGGAAAGCCGCUACAUCUUCUUCAUGGAGCCCUUGGGGAGUAGCAGCAGCAGCCUCAACGGCACGGUCUCUCCGCCUUCGUCCCCGUCCCCGCCGCCGCUCUUCCGGGCGUCUUCCCCGCCCCUGGAGACGGGCAGGAAUCUCAGGAAGGAGGUCAGCAGGGUCCUGUGCACCAGGGAAUGUGGAAGGGCCACUUCCGAAGGGCCAAGUCAACAAAGCCUGGUAUCAACAGAGACGAAUGGCGGUAGCAGCUACAACACUAUUCCUCCUAAAUUGAAGGAGAUGAAAAACCAGGAAUCUGCUGUGGGUCAGACGCUAGUUCUCAGAUGUGAAGCCCGUUCUGAACACCCCUCUCUCAAAUUCAAAUGGUUAAAGAAUGGAACGGAAAUAACAAAAAGAAACAGACCAGGAAAUAUCAAAAUCAAGAGUCCCAAAAAACAAAAGACAUUCUCAGAACUUCGCAUUACUAGAGCUUCACUGGCUGAUGCUGGAGAAUAUACAUGUAAAGCAAGCAACAGGUUUGGGAAUGAAAGCACCAAAGCUCGGAUAAGCAUUACAGAUGAACCCCCUAGCCCGAAACCAGUUUUGACAAAUGGAACAAAUGCAUCUUCACAACUUAAUGACAACAUUCCAGCAUCAACUGAAGGAACAAAUACGUCUUCCUCUACAUCUACAUCUACCACGGGGACAAGUCAUCUCACAAGAUGUGACGUGAAUAAGAAAGGUUUCUGUGUAAAUGGCGGCGAGUGUUUCAUGGUCAAAGACCUUCCAAAUCCAAGAUAUUUAUGCAGGUGCCCAAAUGAAUUUACUGGUGAUCGCUGUCAAAACUACGUAAUGGCCAGCUUCUACAAGCAUCUUGGGAUUGAAUUUAUGGAAGCUGAGGAACUCUACCAGAAAAGGGUGUUGACCAUAACUGGCAUCUGCAUUGCUCUCCUUGUAGUUGGCAUCAUGUGUGUUGUGGCCUACUGCAAAACCAAGAAACAGCGGAAAAAGUUGCAUGAUCGUCUCCGGCAGGGCCUUCGAUCAGAACGUAACCACAGAGUCAACAUGGCAAAUGGGCCUCACCAUCCUCACCCACCCCCAGAAAAUGUACAGCUGGUCAAUCAAUAUGUAUCCAAAAAUGUAAUAUCCAGCGAGCAUGCAGUCGAGAGAGAAACAGAGACAUCAUUUUCUACAAGCCACUACACCUCAACGACCCACCACUCUACAACCGUAACCCAGACACCCAGCCACAGGCUCUUUACCAGUUGGAGUAACGGCCGGACUGAAAGCAUCAUCUCUGAAAGCCAUUCUGCCCUCAUGAGCUCUUCCGUGGAGAACAGCCGGCAUGCAAGUCCAUCUGGUCCCCGGGGGCGCCUCAACGGCAUAGGAGGGCCCCGAGAAAUCAAUACUUUCCUCAGGCAUGCAAGAGAGACACCCGACUCCUAUCGUGACUCUCCACACAGUGAAAGGUAUGUAUCAGCUAUGACCACACCAGCUCGCAUGUCACCUGUAGAUUUCCACACUCCAAGUUCUCCAAAGUCACCUGCUUCAGAAAUGUCUCCACAGGUCUCCAGCUUAACAAUGUCUGUCCCUUCUGUGGCAGUCAGUCCAUUCAUAGAAGAGGAGAGGCCUCUCCUACUGGUGACCCCACCCCGAUUACGGGAGAAAUACGAGCAUCACAUACAUCUGUUCAACUCCUCUUACCACCACAAUCCUGGCCAUGAAAGCAACAGUCUACCGCCAAGCCCCCUGAGGAUAGUGGAGGAUGAGGAAUAUGAAACCACCCAGGAGUAUGAACCAACACAAGAGCCCCCAAAGAAACUAGUCAAUAGUCGGAGGGCAAAAAGAACAAAAGCCAAUGGCCACAUUUCCAACAGAUUGGAAAUAGACACUGACACAAGCUGUGAGAACAGUAGCUCAGAGAGUGAAACGGAGGAUGAAAGAAUAGGUGAAGAUACGCCUUUUCUGAGCAUACAAAACCCCGUGGCAGCAGACCUAGAAUCAGCUUCUGCAUAUCGGUUGGCUGACACCAGGACUAACCAAACCAGCCGGUUCUCGACACAGGAAGAAUUGCAAGCAAGAUUGUCCAGCGUAAUAGCUAACCAAGACCCCAUCCCUGUAUAAAAACACUUUAAACCCCACAUAGAUUCACAUGUAAAACUUUAUUUUAUAUAAUGAAGUACUCCACCUUUAAAUUAAAACAAUUUAUUUUAUUUUAGCAGUUCUGCUAUUAGGAUUAAGAAAACCACAGGAGAAAAAAAAACUUUUAUAAAUUAAAUAUAUAAUGUAUAUACAAAAGUGUUAUGUGCCAUAUGUAGCAAUUUUUUUACAGUAUUUCAAAAAUAAGAACAAUAUCAAUGGUGCCUUUAUGUUAUGUUAUGUUGAGAGCAAGUUUUGUAAAAGUUUCCAAGUGAUUGCUGUUCCUACAGUAUUUCGCCGAAGUCUCUUAACAUUCUGGGUUAUUUCCUCUUAACUUGUCGCCCCGUCCUUGUCCUCCCCCCCCCCCCCUCAUUCCCGGCUCAUUUUCUUUUUGUGCGUUGCAUUAAUGGCUGUAUAGUUUGCAAGAAUUGCAGCAGUCCCUGUGUUUGCUUGUUGUACCCCGAUUCAAAAAAAUAGCCCCGUUUUUAUUUGCUUGCCCUAUAUUAAUUGCUCUCUACUCUGGCGGAACUGAGGGUUGCUUUGGGAGCCUUGAGGAGAUGCUAGAUCCAAGAGCAUGUUGUUAUUAAGUAGCCACCCUAAGCAUCUUUUUUGAUAGAAAGGCAAGGCAUCAAUUAAAUUUAAUCAAUAAAAUAAAACAGCAAGACAAUGCAUACAAAAGACGUAGUGCUAUAUUAGCUAUUUGACAGAAAUAUUGUGAUUUUACAUUUAAUGUUAUCAGCCCAAGAAUCUGCUCGAAUGUACGUAAGAACUAUGGUUUUGUCCCUAUCACUGAGAAAGUGAAAGAAGUUGAAUUUAAUAGUGUUUCUUAAAAGUACAAGUUUAGGAUUGUUGGAUCACAAAAGGUAAUGGGACACAAUCUAGCUGAGAGUUCAUCUUUGAAAUGAAUAGGAUCUGCGCUGGAGCACAACUGGCCUUUUGUUCUGCACCUAUUGAUUUAGCAUGUAGGAAAACAGCAUGUUAUUUUACCAGUAGGAAAUCCUCCUACUGGAUUGUGUCCGGAUUAAGAUCAUUGUAGUUCAUAAGUAUUUUAGAACUUGAUGGCGCAGCGGGUUAAACCACUGAGCUGCUGAACUUGCUGACCGAAAGGUCAACGGUUUGAAUUUGGGGAGCAGGGUGAGCUCCCGUUAUUAGCUCCAGCUUCUGCCAACCUAGCAAUUCAAAAACAUGCAAAUGUGAGUAGAUCAAUAGGUACUGCUUCAGCAGGAAGCUAACUGUGCUCCAUGCAGUCAUGCCGGCCACAUAACCUUUGAGGUGUCUAUGGACAACAUCGGCUCUUUGGCUUAGAAAUGGAGAUGAGCACCAACCCCCAGAGUCCGACAUGGCUAGACUUAAUGUCAGGGAAAACCUUUACCUUUACCUAUUCGUAACCAGGUAAGAAAGGGACUAAAUAACAGAGGGAACUGCAGUGUCAUUGAUAAAAUCACAAUAAUUUUGAGCCUGCAUUUUAGGUUGAGACAUGUUUUAUAUUCAGUUUGUGAGGAAAAUAGCAGACUACUCUUUGGUUGGAUGAUCUCUUCUAUUGCACUAAUACCAAAUACAUAUAAGACAGAACCAAAAUUUACUAAAGUAAGAUUUAUGGGGAAAGUUCAGAUAUUAAGCAUAUGUCAGGCAAUCAGUUUUUGGUUUUAUUUCAGUGUUUGUAAGACAAGCAUGUUAGGUAUGCCAGGCUCCCGACCAUGCAUGAGUUUUUGUUAUGUACAUGCAUGUGGCCACUGAUUGAAAGCCUUCCUAGCAAGCGGACCAAACUAGGAUGAGAAAGUAGCAGAUCUGUUUGUUUAAAUUAAAGGGAUCCCAAAAUCACAUAUAAGCAUUUGCAAGGUCCUAUUUUUAGAGCAAAAUUAGAGGUUGCAUGGGUGUGUGCUAGGUAGAGGCAUGAUAAGCCUCUAUGAAUCCAUGUGUACAUUUUGCCCUAAAACUUCCCACUAUGCUGACUGCAUAGUUGAGAUAUUUCCUGAUUUAAAGCAACACAUCUGCCAUCUUCUAAUUUGGUCUUUUACCACCAGCGGCAGAGUUAUUGAAAGUCAACCUCGCUUUUGAACAUGAAAGCUUAGGUACACUUUCCCUUUAUGACUUAUCCUACCCUCUGUCGAGCAGCCUGGGAACUGGAGGAGAUAUAUCCUAUGGAUGCUCUUUUUUGUGAAUGAAAAAAAAAUAACUGGUUGCACUUCUAUUGUCAGCCCUCAGGAGAAUCUGUUAGGAAAACAAAUCUGUUUUUAGUUCAUGGCUGGUCAUUUGAAGUCAGUUAAGAGUGAUGCAUAUCCAUAUGUGGCUGAGUUCCUCAAAGCUCCCAGAGGGCCUGAUCUGGAGAAUGUAACUUGAACACUGUAGGAUUCAAUGCUAAUCCUAUGAAUCAGGAAAACUUACUCAGUGGGAUUUAGUUCUGCAUAACUGCAUAGGCUCGUGCUAUAAGCGUUGAUGAAGUUACACUACAGAACUACCAAUCAAGCUGCUUUCCAGUUAUGCAGUUCACAUGUACACAAGCUUGAAGUUUCCAUUUCAUUUAUUGACUUCAAGUGCAUGUUUAACUGCAUUGCUAAAUACUGGCUGCUUGUUCACAACCUAAAAAUGGAAUGUUUUCUAGCAUUAGCUUUCUGGCAUCCUCGGAGUCUUCAUUUGCUAGUGAAUAUCUGCUUUCUCAAAGUAAGAAGAUAUUCCUGUGUUGCUUUGUUUCCCAGAAGACCUCCAUGGCCCUGUCUCUUGAGCCUGCUCAAAAUAUCUUAUGUGCCUCUGAAAGCUUCAUAUUGUAGGAACUAUUUGGCUCCCAUAGUGUAAUGACAAGAGGAGGGAGGAGGUACCAUCCUUUUCCUGCAUGAGUUUGAGCAGUGAAGAGUAAGAUCUUAUACAACUUUGCCAAUCUGUGAUGUAUAACCUAAGACCUCUCAGAUCAUGAAUUCUCCCUUCAUUUUCCAUACUUGGUCAGGUACUGAGGCAAAAGAUUUUCAAGCACUAUCACGUCAGGUGUGUGUAGCCACACAAGCAUAUGAUCCAGAGAAAGGGGACACACUCUUACUUGAAAAUGAACUAUCUUGGGUCUUGAUAAAGAGCCGGCCCUAGGUAUUUUUCAAGUGUAGGCGAACAGAAUUUUGGUCCCCCCCCCCCCAAAACCAAUCACUGAAAAAUAAAAGCGUUGGUUGAGCGAAAAUGUUGGAUGAUAAGGAGGGAUUAAGGGAAAGCCUAUUAAAAAUCAAAUUACAUUAAGAUUUUACAAACUAAGCACCAAAACAUCAUGUUUUACAACAAAUCAACAGAAAAAGCAGUCUCAACUGUGCCCCUGUAUGUUUUGCGCCACAGGCGACUGCCUAAUUCGCUUCAUUGUUGGACUGCCGUCUGCGCAGUACCACAAAAAUUAGGAAACCAAGUCAACCCCGGCAGUAUAGAUUUUUGCUCUUGAUGCUACAGAUAUCAUAGUACUAAGCACACUGUCAAAAGACAAAUGGUAAUCUUUUUCAGUAAUUUUAUCAAUUAUUCGCUGCAUAAACUUUCCUCCUAGAUAUAUUUGUUGGCUUCAUUAUUGUAUGUGAAACAAAGAGAGCUUGAUUGCUGUGAAUCACUCUUCUCUCAUAUCACUUUUUAUGUUCACUGAAUUACUUUUUUUUUCUUCAUUGUUCCUAAGGGCAUGGUUAGGGAACACCUCUCCAUACUUCCUAUUUUAUGGUGGAGUAUGGUGGCGCAGCAGGUUAAACCGCUAAGCUGCAGAACUUGCUGAUCAGAAGGUCGGGGGUUCAAAUCCGUGGUACUGGUGACCUCCCGUUGUUAGCCCCAGCUUCUGCCAACCUAGCAGUUCGAAAACAUGCAAAUGUGAGUAGAUCAAUAGGUACCGCUUUUGUGGGAAUCUAACAGCACUCCAUGCAGUCAUGUCGGCCACAUGACCUAGGAUUUGUCUACGGACAACGCUGGCUCUUCGGCUUAGAAAUGGAGAUGAGCACCAACGCCCAUAAUCGGACAUGACUAAACUUAAUAUCAAGGGGAAACCUUUACCUACACUACCAGAACAAUAAAAAAAUGUUACCAAUACAAAAGCAGUAAGCUCCAUUCAUCUGCCCCCUUCCAUAUUCAUGUUUAAGGGCAGAAUUGCCCCCAAAUCUGCUAUAUAGAUUUCUACAAGUUGAAGAUUGUAGGUACUAAAUUAACCCAAUCAAGAAGCAAAAGGACAUUGAGGUCUGAAGUUGGCCAACAUUGUUACUGAUGUUGGAAAAUCUGUCUCUCCUCUGACGAACUCUAGGCAAGGAAAUUACGGUCUUCUAUUUAGCCUUUUUUCCAAGGUUGAUGAGUCACUACUAGAAACUGCCUAUUUAAGAAGAUUAAGUACUUAAUAUUAUCUCUGUAUUGUAAUUAUACCUCAGUUACUGAAUAUCUAUUCAAUACUGAAAGUAUACUUGCAGGUUCCUAAUUGGUAUAGAUAAGAUGAAAUGUUUUUUUGUUAAAUCCUAGCUGUGACUCCAUCUACCUGACAAGGUGUUAAAUGCAAAGCGUGCCAACUUAAAUGGCAGCCAUUCAGAGCUAAUACAUUUGGUGAGCUGACAUUCUAUUGAUGUAAAAAGAGCAGUUGUGUCUUACAGCUAAUUGCAGCAUUUUCAAGGUCAGAUUUAACAUGUGAUAUAUACUACAGGGAGUUGAACACCACAGUAGAGAAAUUUACUUCCACAUCAGUUUAAAAUGUCAGUACAAAUGCAUUGAUUGUGUGCUUAACAUUAUCGUUUGUAAAUUUGCAUUUACAACACUGGCAAGGAUCUACAGAAAUCCCUGUGCAUCAUUUAAUUAUUGUUUCUAUCUUACUAAUAUUUUCUCUAAACUUGCUCAAGGCUCUGUCACUGUACUGCUGUACAAUAAUAUUAUGAGUGGAAGUUAUUAAUUCAUCACCAAAUAGUCAAAUUAUUGAGAAAAUGGACUAAAGAGGCAGAAAAAGAGUAAAAAAAAUUAGAAUAAUAUCUAUGCAUCUAAAGGUAUCCUUUCCACUGAUUUUUCAUCCUUUUUUGGGGGUCGGUUACAAUGAGCUAAUGAGUGAUCGGAUUCACUAGAAUGAAUAAAAUGAAAUAUUUUAUCAAAUGUUUAUAUAGAAGUUACGGUGGGAAUACAUCUUUCCUGCAUCUGCCCUAGAAGUUGCCUUGAAUUUUCCAUCUGACUUAAAAGGCAAAGUGGUUAGUUAGUAUGUCCAUAAACAUUGGUUACCUAGUCAUCACAUUGUUCCCUUGCUUAUAAAAUGCAACAGAUUUGCUGUAUUUUAGUCACUAUAUUCUGAAAUGUAUUCCAUUGUCUGUUUUUAUUUGUUUGUAAUCCUGUACUUUUGGGACAUUUACAGGCAUAGGAGAGAAACAAAUCUUUCUACCAUGAUAUUCGUUCAUAGAUUUUUGGUUUAAAACAUUUUCUCCCUGUGUUGGGUAUUCACAUUUCUAGAGCCACUAAAAGCCACAACCACUGGUCCCUCAAAAGAACAGAAAAUACGAAUGGGGAACUGACAUUUAGGAAAGAGCUGGCAUUAAGUUUGAAAGCAGUCAACUUGUUUGUGUGGUUCAAAAUGUUGGAUAGGAUUUCUGAAGUAGCUAGAAUUCAAUUUAAAGCAGAUGUUAAGUUGAAUCAGAGCAGUGGUUCUCAACCUGUGGGUCCCCAGGUGUUUUGGCCUACAACUCCCAGAAAUCUCAGCCAGUUUACCAGAUUUUAGGAUUUCUGGGAGUUGAAGACCAAAACAUCUGGGGACCGACAAGUUGAGAACCACUGUCCUACAGUAUCCAACAUAGUAUAAUAAUUUAGCAGGAUUCACAGCUGUGCUAUGAUGGCACCUCUUGAAAGGCUUUCCCCUUGAUAUACCAUCUUACAACCUACAAUAGAUGUCCACCAAGAAAACAUAAAGGGUAGUAUUUUAUCGCAUUUAAAGGGAAAUAAAUUCUGGACUUCAUGGGAUUAUUUGAAAUACAUGUAGCCAUUUCCAUGUCGGAUCAGAGGGGGAUCAGCAAAGAUGUGUCCAACUAUUCUGGUUUUGGACAUGCAGCAAAGAUGUCGUGUACAAACACCACACAAGGACCUCUACAGAUAUCUGUUGUAGCACAUCCAAUUGCAGGAAAAUGGCUAGAGACAUAUCACUUAUCUCUCCUCCACAGCCAUGGCAGGGAGGGGGUUGUGCAAAACACUUAAAACAGCGGUUCUCAACCUGUGGGUCGCCAGAUGUUUUGGCCUUCAACUUCCAGAAAUCCUAACAUCUGGUAAACUGCUGCGAUUUCUGGGAGUUGUAGGCCAAAACAACUGGGGACCCAUAGGUUGAGAACCACUGGUUUUAAAAGUAUCUUUGAGGAUACUUCUAAUGGGGGAUUCCAGCCUUUGUUGCAAUGAGAAGAACAUGCUGCUUAAUACCCUAUCUGUGACAAGUCAUAGAUAUGUGUGGAAGCAUAAGGAGAAAAGGCACAAACAAAGGUAGCCAAGCUUAUGAUUAGUUCAUAUCUGCAUGAAUAUUGCUUGAUCUCCCAUUGCUAGCUGACUUGCAAUUAGUUGAAUGUAUUGCACUCUCGUUAAUUUUGGAUGGUGAGAACAUUCCAUCUGGGUUAUUAACCAUGUUGGUUCAUUUAUGGAUAUAAAUCAGUGCUGCACCAAUGAUAAAUGAACAUGCAUGACGAAAUCAGAUGAUAUAAUUGUGUGAGAUGCAACCAUGGUUAUGAACAAGAGCAUCCAUCUAAGUGAUUUCCCUCCCAUAAAUACAAGCUAAAAGUUGUCUUUGUUAUUAUUAUUAUUAUUAUUAUUAUUAUUAUUAUUAUUAUUAUUACAAACAAAAGACUGCAUCAGUUCUCAGGGCAUUCAAUAUUUGUCAUCCUACGUUUAUUAAGUGCAUCACCUAUUCCCCCUUCCCCUUAACAUUGGCUCAAAAUCAGGGCCGUAGCCAGAAAAAAAUGGGAGGGGGUUGAAACUUUUUUUUUUUUUAGUGAAUCAUGAAGAGUAGUUCCAAAACGCAAUACAAUUUAGAAAUCAGGGUCCAUUGAUACACUUCAGUGGACACUCAAGACCAAUCAAUUUAAGUGGACACUCGUGGGGAUUUGGUUAACCAGUUAAAAUUCAUGAGUAAACCAGGUUUUUUUAAAAAAAAACUGAAAAUUUUCGUGAGAGAAGGUUUGAACCCCUAACCCCCCCCCCCCACACACACACACACACUUCUUGGCUCAAAAUGUAUCUUGAAACAACAGUAAAAAUAAAUAACUACAGUCCUGAGUGUAGUAGCUGCUCUCCUAUAGCAGUAGGCCAGAGAUAGCAUUGCAUAAUAAAAAGUUUGGCAAUAAAAAAAAAAUCUUGUUACCCAAAUGAGAGUUUAUAAGGCACUGUAACUGCUGCAGUUUAUCCAAGUUUUCUGUGCAACUAAACUCCCACCAGUUUGCAAUCUGUCUACAUCUUUAUGGUACAUCUCAAUAGCCAUCUUACUCAGUAUUACUUGCUGGUGGAGAAGCAACUGUAUGUUUUCCUUAUUCAUUUUCAUCAUCAUUUUAAAGCACCAUGUCCAUAUUUUCCUCCAGUGCCUGCAUCAAUGCAAGAAAAGAAUGGCUGAGCAUUCUGCAAGCUUAACUGAUGCCUGGCAAACAAAACUAUACAUCCUUUACUAGGAGCUCUAAGCCACGUUUGCUCUUACCCUGUUCAGCACUGGCUCAAACUCUAUCAGCCAUGAUGACUUGAUACUCGGCUGAUCGACCCUAUAUGAAAUGCUGCAGAGAAAAUGCAGACAACGAAAUGGCCACAUAUCAUUUUGAGUAUACUAUUCUUUUUGUAAAUACAUCUUGUACAUACUUGGAUGUUUCCCCACACUCAUUUAUUGUCUCCACGAGUUCUAUAUCAGUUAUAACAGUGUAAAUAACAUAAUGUUCUUUAUUAUUUAUAUGUAGGCAUUGAGAGAGAGAAAGGCAUCUUACUUUAAGGUGUAUGUCAAAAAUUGUUUGGUUAUAUCUUUCCCAUCCCCUUCAAAACUGUAAUGUAUUUUUCAUUUUUUUCCUUUUCUUUUUAAUUAUAAUUUAUUGGUCUGGAGAGAAUGUAUCUGUAAUGGAAAAUGUACAAAGAACGCACAGUGGAAGGCCAUAAGGUACUGAUAAACUAAAGAAUCUAUAAUCCUAAAUAUGAAGCAAUAAGCAAUUGUUGAUUUAUUUAAGGUUUUGCUGUUCAUUUUCAGUAAAAGAGGUUCUGGAAUAAAUUGCUACUGUGUAGUAUCA